CCGCGGCUCCAGAGCCGGCAGCUUGUCACCAGCAUCGGCCGCUUGUGGAGACUGAUUCCCCGGCGUAUGUGUGUUUACAGGAAAUAAACAGCUUCUGUCGCGAGGAGCACGAUGAAAUUCGGUUGCCUUUCCUUCCGACAGCCCUACGCAGGGUUGCUUCUAAACCGAGUCAAAACAGUAGAGACUCGGUGGCGUCCUUUGCUAGCAGGCUACAAGAACUGCACCAUUGCUAUUCAUAUAGCUGUUAAGGACUGGGAAGACGAAACAUGGAGAGAAAUUCUUCUGAAUAGGUUCGGCAUGACACCGAAACAACUGCAAGAUUUGUUGGAUGAAGGGGAAAAAUUUGGCAGAGGAGUUAUUGCAGGAUUAAUUGACAUUGGAGAGACAUCACUAUAUCCAGAAAACCUGCCUCCUGAAGAGAUUCUGGUGCUGGAAAACAAAGCUGUCCUCAGUAAUCUAGAACAGAAAUUCUUGACUGUUGUUUCAAAUCCCAGGUGGCUCCUGGAACCAAUUCCUGCCAGAGGGAGAACAGGGGUGUGGCAGGUGGACAUCCCUGAAGAACUGAUUCCUUCAGAAUUGUAGGUGUUGCCCCUUACUAUUAUUGUUCCUGCCUAAAUGCAGACUUGUAUUUAAGAUGAUGACUUGUGAAUUACAUGAGCAUCUUGUUAGGACUCUAUUCCAAAACUAUUUAAAAUGGCAAAUACAUUUGAAGAACUGCUUGUUUGAGGCAAAACAUACAAGAUGUGUCUUUAUGUCUAUUACAAGGAAUUACUGUCUUUCUAGACUUUUCCUGUAUAAACAACUAAGUAAAUGCCAUUUUUAAAUGCACAGUUAUGGAUUGUGUGCCAAUUUAAAUGUAAAUUAAAAUGAUCUUUUGAU